UUACAUCCACCAUUUUGUUGAAAUUUUGCAGAUCAUGCCGAGAUGAAAUUGGUCUGUCUUUGUUGAUAAAUGUUCACUUAAAUCUCCUUAAACGGGUCCUUUAUAGAAAGAACUUUAUAAGACUGUUGUAUUUAUCAAAUUAGUAGACUCAAAAUGGUGAAGAACACGAGUACAGAUGUUGAAAUGAAAGAUGCGUCUAGCCCAGCGUCCACUGGCGCGGACGAACCAACAGAAACGAAAGAAGAAACCAAAAAGGAUCCAGAUUUGCUAACUUUAGAAGAUAUCAAAGAACAAAUUCGACAUAUCGAAAAGGCUGUGGCUACAAAGGAACCUAGGUUUAUGUCCAGGGUGAUUCGUGGUCUUGUUUCAGUCCGCAGAAAAUUAUCAUCAAAUAUUUUACGUAAAUUAAUUCAUGGAUACUACACAGCAGCAUCACAACAAAAAGAGGAUCUCACACCAUUUUUAACAGAGCCUGGUACAGUAAAUGGAAUAGGAACACCAUUUCGACCAAGAUCCGGGAAAGCAGCAACCCUACCAUUAUUACCAGAAUUAGAAAUCUAUUUUAAUCUCUUGGUGGUCAUAUAUCUCAUAGAUCAGAAAAAAUAUAAAGAGGCUGUGAAAUGUUCUGGUCAGUUAGUUAAUAAGAUUGGGUUAUUAAACCGUAGAACAUUAGAUAUGCUAGCUGCUAAAUGUUACUAUUAUCAUUCACGGGCAUACGAACUUACCAACAAUCUGGAAGUUAUCAGAGGAUUUUUACACGCGAGACUGAGAACCGCAACAUUAAGAAGUGAUUUUGAAGGUCAAGCUACAUUAAUUAACCUGUUAUUGAGAAAUUAUCUACAUUAUAAUCUGUAUGAACAAGCUGAUAAACUUAUCUCUAAAUCUACCUUUCCGGAAAGUUCUUCAAAUAAUGAGUGGGCUAGAUAUCUAUAUUAUUUAGGACGUAUAAAAGCUGCCCAGUUAGAAUAUUCCGAAGCCCACAAACAUUUAGUCCAGGCAUUAAGAAAAGCUCCACAGUACAGUGCUAUUGGUUUUAAACAAACAGUACAGCGAUUGGCUAUAGUUGUAGAAUUAUUAUUAGGUGAUAUUCCGGACCGACUCACGUUUAGACAAACCAACAUGAAGAGAACAUUAGCUCCGUAUUUCCUACUUACGCAAGCUGUUCGAGGUGGAAAUUUAAACAAAUUUAAUUCUGUUUUGGCCAAAUUUGGUUCUAAAUUUCAAGCAGAAGAUACGUAUACAUUGAUCAUCCGUUUACGACAUAACGUUAUUAAAACUGGUGUACGCAUGAUCAGUUUAUCCUACUCUCGUAUAUCAUUGGUUGAUGUCGCCAAUAAACUUGUCCUUGAUAGUCCAGAAGAUGCUGAAUAUAUCGUAGCUAAGGCUAUACGUGAUGGUGUGAUAGAAGCUAGAAUAGAUCAUGAGAAGGGUUAUGUACAAUCUAAAGAAACUAGUGAUAUCUAUACUACAAAAGAACCAAUGUCUGCCUUCCAUCAAAGAAUUAGUUUUUGUUUGGGAAUUCACAAUCAUUCAGUUAAGGCGAUGAGAUUUCCACCAAAAUCGUAUAAUAAAGAUUUGGAAUCAGCAGAGGAUCGGAGAGAAAGAGAGCAGCAGGAAUUAGAAAGUGCCAAGGAAAUCGCAGAUGAGGACUUUGACAGUUUUCCCUAGGAAUUUUGUUGUAAUUUUUCUUUGAUUUGUAAAUAACAGUGAUAAGUGAUAAAAUAUCUAAAGAAAAUUUUUAUCAUUUAUUUUUUUGGGUUUAAUUGUUAAUAUAUUUUUUUGUCCUUCUUUUCUUCAAAUAUUUGAAAAAAAUUUCGAACAGAAACAAAACAGAAAAUCCAAAUUAAUUAAUUAUUUUAUUUUAUGUUUAUUUAAUUCAUUUUCUUUUAAAGAAAAAUUGUGCUAGAAUUUGAAUUUAAAAAUCGGACAAUUUUCUUGAUAUCACGAUAUAUUAUGAAACAGUGGAAUAAUGAACGUUUCUUGUGAUAUGACAAAUAUUUAUCACUUUUGAAAUUCUAUAUUUGGGCCUGUCUUCAUUAGACUGUUUAAUGCAGAACAUGAGACUUUAAACUUCAGUGUAAUUCAUUUUAUUGUCAAGAUUUGUGGCAUUAUUUGUUUAUAAAUAUUUCGCACUCGAAAAGACAGACCAGAAAGAAUAUAUUUAAGUAAGGCCACAAAAAAUUUGGUUUUCUGUUCUUUGGGAACACUUGUAAGAAAUUACCGUUUUAUUUCUUUGGGAAAUGAACUUAUUUAAAAAAAAACUAAAAAUAUUGGGUUGUGCUGAUCAAAAGCUUUUAUAGUUUCAAUUUUUAUGAAUUGAAAUUUCAAACAAAAUGGAUAAUGAUUUAUCCAGACCCCAAACAACAGAGAAUCGAACUAGUUGUGGCCUAAAUUAAAGGAGAUUGAUAAAUACAACAGUCUAAAGACAAAAUAAAAAAAAUAAAAAAUUAGGAAAUAACGGUGUAAGGCCUGUUUUCCUAGCUAAUAUUUUUGUCGGCGAAAUUGUAAGUUUAAUACAGAUGUAAUGGGACAGUUCCUAUGUAACCGGCAAAAAGGUGCGCGGAAAUGUCUCGAAAUGGAAAACGGACCCUCGAUAAGUAAUUAAAGACCCAUGUGAAAUAAAAAUGAGAAAAUAAUAGUGUAAGGCCAGUUUUAUCAGUUUAAUGCAAACGUAAUGAAACCGUUUCUAUGUAUGUAACUGUUUCCAAGGUGUACGGAAAUGUCUUGAAAAUGGAAAACAGGCCUUAGAUAAGAAAUAAAAGACGGAGGAGAAAUAAAAUUGUGUAAGAUAAGCUAUAAAAGGAGUAAAAAUAUUAUGUUUUGUUGACAUGUUAUAUGUAUAUUAUUCAUAGCACGGCUUUCACUUCAAAUACAAUUUGUCGGACAAUCGAAUGUGAUUUAAAGAUACAGCAUUAGAAUCUACAGAAAAGUCUGGUGAUGUGCACUUUAGAUCAGAAUGUCUGUCAUUGGCCUUGUGCCAAAAACACCUAGGUGCAAACAGAUUAUUUAAAUAAAAUGUACUGUAUGUUAGUCCCAAUAUGACCUAGUUUUUGUCAAGUGGAUGUUAAACCCCAUCAAAAAAAAAUCUAAUUAUUCUUAUUAUAACAGUAAACUGCAAAAGGAAUUACAUAUUGUAGAUUUCUCCUUGUUAAUCGGAUAUUGACUGGUUAAUUUGACUAUGCUGUCGGUCAGACAAUGACUGGUUAAAUUGACUAUGCUGUUAGUCAGACAAUAACUGGUUAAAUUGGCUAUGCUGUUAGUCAGAUAAUGACUGGUUAAUUUGACUAUGCUGUUAAUCAGCCAUCAGACAUUGACUGGUAAAACUGUGUGAAGUAAAAGCCCUGUUUGAUAUGAGUCCUAUGUGUUGGUAUUUAUAUGUUGGUUUAUAUAAAACUUGUGUGGAAAAACAUUAUAUAAAACAUUACUUAUAUAAUCGAAGAAAUAAACACAACUUGUACCAACUUUAA